GCCAAACAGGCGGGCAAAAUCACUUUUGGUACCAGCCUCGGCGACGCCGGCGCUGGCGCUGGCGGCGGCCCUAACGACGCCGUCGUCAAGUGUGCUUCUACUGCGGGUCUGCUGACGGUUCCGAGGCAGAAGACCGGCUAUCUGACCACGUACGAGGCCGACGGAUCGGGCGGUCAACAGAUGAAUGCUUUUAUCACCGAUCAAUUGGGUAAGCAGAUACCAAAAUGCACACUUGCUGGCCAUUUUUUUCACACUUUUGCACCACAUCUCAACGGCAAAUUGGGCUUUCCACACGUCCCAUUGUCGACAUGCGAAGAGAUCACUUUUAUUUCUAAUUGA